AUGCUUUGUCAACGCAAUUCCGUGGGGUUGAGCGACUUCAUUCGAACCACAGAGGAGCGUCACAAGCAGGCGGUUGAGGCAUUUUGGACUCGCUUGACCGAAAGCGGUUCGGUUUAUGAAAGUUCAUAUUCCGGUUGGUACUCCGUAUCGGAUGAAGCCUUCUACACCGACUGGGAAAUCGUCACUGAAACCCAACAGAAUUCUGGUCAAGGUCGAUCUGCCCCAGAUCAGCAAGUAACUCAUGUGGCCAAGGAAACUGGUCAUACGGUGGAAUGGAUGGAAGAAAGAACUCACAUGUUCCGCCUGAGUGCGUUUAAGCCACAGUUACAUGAAUGGUUAGACUCAGGAGCUUUUCUUGAACAAGCCGAAGCCCAGCAUCAAUGGAAAAUAAAAGCACACGAAAUGGUGGAUACUGCUCGUGAUAUCUCACUAUCUCGACCCCGUUCGCGAUUAGAAUGGGGUAUCUCUGUGCCAAAUGAUCCUGAUCACGUGAUCUACGUUUGGUUGGAUGCACUGAUUAACUACUUGACAGUAACCGGUUUUCCUUGGUCCAAAGCAAAAUCAUUUCAUGCUGUGUUGUGGCCAGCCUUGUUGCUCGCUGUCGGACUCGAUUUACCCAAACACCUCAUUUGCCAUAAUCAUCUCCUCGUGGACGGAAUCAAGAUGUCUAAAAGUCGAAGAAACGUGGCUGAUCCGUUUGAUGAACAACUCGCAUUGUCCCCGGUUCCACCAGAACAGUUGGCCGUACCCAGCUCCGACUCUGAGGGUUUACGCUACAUAUUAAUACGGGUAACCUCAACACGGCUCAACCCAAGUCAGUCCGUAGUACGAAUCAACCGAACCGAGGCUGGUGCGUUGUUCGAGCAGUUCAAAGAGGAUGCGGAGCUGUUGAAUCAACUUGACACGCUGGCGGAAAAAUUUGAUAACAGUUGGUGGGUCCAGGCUCAACCUCAUUUGGCAAUUGAACACGUUUUACAAGUUAUUCGAUUAACUAAUGCCAUGAUUGAUCGACACAAACCGUGGGAGAAAAAUCCUGCAGUUGAAUCAGAGCAUGUCAUUGCCUUAGCGGCCGAAUCACUUCGCCUUGCAGGUCUCUUGUUGAGUCCCGUGAUCCCUAAUCUGGCCAGUCGAUUACUCAAGCGUUUAGGGUUGGGACAAGCAUUGGAGGACCCGUCUGAUGAGCAGUUGCCACAUGAAAAGCUGUUCUGGUCUCUUGGUCCGGAUCAGGGACCGCUUGUACUUCGUCUUCCCUAA